CGGCAAACUGCUGGCCGCCAAACAGAUUUUCCCUCGUUCCACGGUGUCAAUCACAGUACGGAGAGGUUGCCAGUACUUUGAUCUAUUACACCAUUGAAAUACAUAUUAUCACCAUGUCGUCGUCGCGAAAGCCCGCCGAUGUGGCGUCCAAGGAACGCAAUGAAUAUAUCCCGGCCUUCAUCUCAAAGAAGCCGUUCUAUAUAGACGACGAUACCACAAAUGACUACCUGGAGCAUCAGCGUCUACACAAACAGACUACAGACCAGUCAAAAUGGUACGAGCGCGGAAAGCGUGCUGGUCCAGCGGCGACCAAGUAUCGGAAGGGAGCGUGUGAGAAUUGCGGUGCUAUGACCCACAAAACGAAGGAAUGCCUUAGCCGGCCUCGGAAGCAGGGUGCCAAAUGGACUGGUAAAGAUAUUCAGGCCGACGAAGUGGUGCAGAAAGUUGAUAUGGGAUGGGAUGCCAAAAGAGAUCGAUGGAAUGGCUACGAUGCUAGCGAAUACUCCCAGGUUGUAGAGGAGUACGAGGAGCUAGAAAGGCUAAAACGGGUCACUGGGCAAAAGAAGAUUACCGAUGGUGAAGAUGAGGAAGACGGUGCGGAAGAAGAGGCACGGUAUGCUGAAGAAUCCGAUAUGGGCAGACAACAAAGCACAGCCACUCGCAACCUACGUAUUCGAGAAGACACCGCGAAAUAUUUGUUGAACCUCGACCUUGACUCUGCCAAGUAUGAUCCCAAGACACGUCGGAUGGUUGAUAUGGGCGCUCAGGAAGAUCAGGCCGCAGCGCUAGUUGCAGAGGAAAAUUUUGUUCGCGCUUCUGGUGACGCAGCAGAGUUUGAGAAGGCGCAAAAAUAUGCUUGGGAAGCCCAAGAAAGCGGUCGACAGAAGAUUCAUCUGCAGGCAAACCCAACAUCUGGGGAGAUAUUACGGAAGAGAGAGCAAGCAGAGAGCGAAGCUAAGCGUCAGUCCCAGCGCAAAGCACUUUUGGACAAAUACGGUGGUGAAGAGCACCUGGCCUCGACACCGCUACGAGAUACAAUGGUCGUUGAAAACGAAAGAUUCGUUGAAUAUGACGAGACCGGAGCCAUCAAGGGCGCGCCCAAGAAGGCCGCAAAAUCGAAGUACCCAGAGGACAUCCUCACCAACAAUCACACAUCAGUAUGGGGCAGCUGGUGGCACAAUUUUGAAUGGGGAUAUGCUUGCUGUUUCUCCACGGUGAAGAACAGUUACUGCACCGGCGAAGAUGGCAAGAAGGCGUUCGAAGAGGCAGAUAAGAUGCUGUUGCUCCGGGAAGCCGAGGACGCCGCUGAAAAACAACCUGAAUCUGAAACCGAAGAGUCAGUAGAACGUCAGGAUCAAGGACAGGGAAAUGAUGGUCACCGAAGAGAAGGAUCAGGUGCUCAGUCGAAAAAGAGAACAUUGAUGGAGGUACAAUCUGGUAUCUCGGAGGAAGAGCUGGAGUCGUAUAAACGGAGCCGUCUCGCCGCGGAUGAUCCCAUGGCUAAGUUCAUAGGGGAUGAUGUCAUUGAUCAGUAGCCUAUGUUUUUUGAUUUCCUACCUUUCUCAACUUUCUACUUGGUCAUAUGCAGCAGUUCAAUGCCGGGCGCCGGGCGCUUUCGAUGAAAUACCCUGUAAAGAGUGUAUAAUAGGAUACAUUUCUUCUUUUGUGGCCAUUAAUUAGUAUUAUAUGAAUCAUGAAAAUAUACAAAGAAAGAAAAAAGGAGAAGGACGAGAUAUGUGAUGAAG